AUGCCUGCUGAACAGAGGAUAGAGGCUCAAAGCACUGUCGAAGUCCUUGCUAUCAAAGCAGCAAAAGAGUCCUGGGAACCGACAGAAGGUGGUCAGAGUGUCUCUGUUCCAAGGAGAGAGCAACAGCAGUCAAUGCUAGAAAACCUCCUCCAGUCUGACUCAGACAGCCUCAGUGAAGAGGAGAUCUCCCACAAUGUCAAAAAGAUUAAGGAGCAUAUCCUAUCCUCUCCUCCCCCUUCAGGAGAGCUGAGCGAGGAUGUGGAGGCUGCCAGUGAGACCACCACAGAACAGGAGGACCAAACCAAAGACAGAGAGAGUGGGGGGGAGAAGGAGCUCGCCAAAGGGACAGCAGCAGCAUCCAGCCAGUUGGAGAGGGACCAGACGGGUUCUCCGAUCCCUACCAAGAGGUCCUCCUCCAGGUCAGAAGCCACAGAGAGCCCCCUGUCCUCCAAGCGCCCCAGGACCGCCGACAAGAGUGCCGCGGAGCAGAUGUACCAGUGUCCCUACUGCAAGUUCAGCAACACGGACCUGAACCGCCUCAGAAUGCACGUGAUGACCCAGCACUCAGUCCAGCCCAUGUUCCGCUGCCCGCUCUGCCAGGACAUGCUCAACAACAAGAUCCACCUGCAGUUCCACCUCACGCACCUCCACAGCGUGGCACCCGACUGUGUCGACAAGCUCAUCGCCACGGUGACAGCGACAGAGGUGCUACCAGCCAGCAUGUUCAUCCCAGUCCCUGGGCCAGAAGCACAGAGCACGCCCCAGGCCACAGCCAACUCUAGCGCUGAUGAAACAAAGAAACUAAAUGAAACAUCAGACAUAGAGCCAGAGAAGGGUGUCUCACUGCCUACAGAUAUAACUGAAGCUCGCAAGUCACCUCUGGAGGAUCAGCAAACGGGGAGAGAAGACACCACAGGAUUCCUGUGUUGGAAGAAAGGCUGUAACCAAGUCUUCAAAUCCUCAAACUCCCUCCAGAUGCACUUCAAUGAGGUCCACAACAAAAGGCCCCAGCUGCCUGUCUCGGACCGCCAUGUCUACAAGUACCGCUGUAACCAGUGCAGCCUGGCCUUCAAGACUGUGGAGAAACUGCAGCUACACUCGCAGUACCACGUGAUCAGAGCGGCCACCAUGUGCUGCCUGUGCCAGCGCAGCUUCAGGACCCUGCAGGCCUUGAAGAAACAUUUGGAGACCAGCCACCUGGAGCUGAGCGAAGCCGAUAUCCAGCAGCUCUACGGGGGCCUGCUGAUGAACGGAGACCUGAUGGUCAUGGGUGACCCCUCCCUGGGAGAGGACCACGGAGCCCUGGGGGAGGAGGACAAGGAAGGAGAGGAAAGUGACCCUGAGGAGAAGCAAAGCCCAACCGGCAGUGAUUCUGGUUCAUUACUGGAGGAUUCUGGAUCCGAGCCCAAACGUGCGCUGCCCUUCAGAAAAGGUCCUAACUUUACCAUGGAGAAGUUUCUAGAUCCCUCGCGCCCUUUCAAGUGUACAGUGUGCAAAGAGUCUUUCACACAGAAAAACAUUCUCCUGGUUCACUACAACUCGGUCUCCCACCUACACAAGGUGAAGAGGGCCCUACAAGAGUCCAGCACUGGUCAACCGGAGCCCACCAGUAGCCCGGACAACAAACCAUUCAAGUGUAGCACUUGUAAUGUGGCUUACAGCCAGAGCUCCACCCUGGAAAUCCACAUGCGCUCGGUCCUGCACCAGACCAAAGCUCGUGCAGCCAAGCUUGAAGCAGCGGGAGGCAGCACCAGUGGCAGUGGUUCUGGCAUGUGUGGAGGAGGAUCCUCCGUUAGCACUUCAACUCCUAGCCCCAGCCCUGCUACGAACUCGACGACUAGCUCCAGCAACCAUAGCUCUUCUGUUGCCCAAACAACUCAGAGUUUCCUCACAGGCAACCACAUGAGCCAGUCUCACAGCAUUGAAAGCCUGGGGAACUCCUCCAUGACCUGUCACCCCUCGCCGUCUGAGAACCACGAAGUGAAAAAGAAGAAAUUUGCAGACAUGCUGUCUGCCAGGGGACAACAGCAACAGCAUCAGCUCCAGCAGCAGCAGCAGUUGGCCCAGGCCCAAGCUCAGGCCCAGGCCCAGCUUCAGCAGGAGCUCCAACAGCAAGCUGCCCUCAUCCAGUCCCAGCUCUUCAACCCAGCACUUCUGCAGCACUUCCCCAUGACGACGGACGCUCUUCUCCCUUUGCAGCAGCAGCAGCUGCUCUUCCCUUUCUACAUCCCCGGAGCGGAAUUUCAGCUGAACCCCGAGAUAAACCUCAACAGUUCAGCACUAGGCCUGACCGGCUCCUCCACCUCUCUGUUGGAGGACCUGAAGAACUCUGCCCAGCAGGCGCAGCAAAGCUGCCUGCAACAGCAGCUGAUGCAUCACCACCUCCAGCAGCAGCACCAACAGCAGCAGCAGCAGGCGCACUCCCAGGCCCAGGGCCAGAUGGCGUUGCUUCAGCAGAGUGCGGCUCUCCUCCAUCAGGCGGAAAAAAAGCAGAAAGCUGCCUCUCAUCACAGCGAGAAGGAGAGGGAAAUGCAGAGAGAUAAGGACACAAGCGAGAAGGGCGAAGACCACUCAGCUAAAGACGCUUCAGACAGGCUCAAAGAAAAGAAGGACAUCCAGCAGUCUGUCAUGAACACAAACCACGAUCCUGGCUUUCCUCCACCGAGGAUUGCUUCAGACGCUCGUGGGAAUGCCACUAAAGCCCUGCUGGAGAACUUUGGAUUUGAGCUAGUCAUUCAAUACAAUGAAAACAAGCAAAAGGCUCAGAAGAAGCCAGGGGGAACGGGACCCACAGGAUCAAGCCGACCUGGUGGGAUCACUAGAGUGGUGGAUCCCAUCGAGGGCUUAGAGAAGCUGGAGUGCGAGGCCUGCGGAAAGCUCUUCUCAAACAUACUGAUUCUGAAGAGUCACCAGGAGCAUAUCCAUCAAGCCUUCUUCCCAUUCCGAUCCCUCGAGAGAUUUGCUAAGGAAUACAGGGAGCAAUAUGACAAGCUGUACCCACUGAGACCUUUAACACCGGAAACGGCUCCCCCUGCUCCUCCCCCGCCUCCUCCUCCCCCACCUCCACCCCCUCCGCAGAGGGCCCCAACACCAAAUAUCCCUGUAUCAGCCCCUUCCCACACACCCCCGACUGUGCCCACCCCACAGCCUCAAGUGUCCAUGGCUCAAAUUCAAAUGCCUAUGGAUCUGCCCCUUUUCCCACCGCUCAUGAUGCAGCCGAUGUCUCUCCAGUCUCUGCCCUCGCAGAUGUCUGGACAGCUGUCCUCCGUGGAGUCAGGCCUGGCUUCGGACCUUGCCCAGCUUUACCAGCAGCAGCUCACGCCGGCCAUGUUGCAGCAGCAGCAGAACAAGAGGCCUCGCACGCGCAUCACAGACGACCAGCUCAGGGUUCUGAGGCAGUACUUCGACAUUAACAAUUCACCAAAUGAGGAUCAGAUCAAGGAGAUGGCGGAUAAGUCUGGGCUUCCUCAGAAGGUGAUAAAGCACUGGUUCCGUAACACCCUCUUCAAAGAGCGCCAGCGCAACAAAGACUCCCCUUACAAUUUCAACAACCCGCCCAUAACUACUCUUGAAGAUACCAAAAUUGACUCGAAGCCCCCCUCCCCUGAGCCCCAGAGACAAGAGUGUUACGGGAGCAAGCGAUCCUCCAGAACAAGGUUUACUGACUACCAGCUGAGAGUGCUCCAGGAUUUCUUUGACGCUAACGCCUAUCCAAAAGAUGAUGAAUUUGAGCAGCUUUCCAACCUACUCAGCCUUCCCACCCGUGUCAUUGUAGUGUGGUUCCAGAAUGCCCGUCAGAAAGCACGGAAGAAUUACGAGAACCAGGGGGAUGGCAGCAAAGACGGCGAACGAAGGGAGCUGUCGAAUGACCGCUACAUUCGCACCACCAACCUGAACUACCAGUGCAAGAAAUGCAGUCUGGUUUUCCAGCGUAUAUUUGACCUUAUCAAGCACCAAAAAAAGCUGUGUUACAAAGAUGAAGAUGAGGAUGGGCAGUACGACAGCCAAAACGAAGACUCGAUGGAUCUUUCCCACGAAUAUUACACCCCGUCUGGGUCCUCUUGUCACACCCCCAUGCCCUCCUCCUCCAGCCUGUGCCCUCUCCCGCCCUCUACCUCAGCCUUCUCCCACCUCUCCUCCGCUGAAAAGGAGGAAGCCUCACCAGCGAACACGUCCAACUCCUACGACGAGAAGCCCAAGCAUUCAACUGAGAUGUCCUCGGACCCACGCGAUAACCAAACCACCAUCAAGCAGGAGAGUGUUCAUCAGCCCCAGUCCGAGACUCAGCACCACCGGCCCCAGCGGGAGGAGAAGCCCCCGACUGUCCCAAAGACCAACAAGCAUUCUUCUCCUUCUCUCUCCCAUCAACAGCAGCAGUGUGGUCCCUCGGCCUCUCAGACCAGCCAGGCCCCCUCCCAGAGCUCCCACAUGGGCCUCAACCCCCACCUGUCCUCUGCCACGCAACAACAGCUGGCGCAGCAAAUGAUCCAAUACCAGUGUGAGCAGUGCAAGCUUGGCUUCCCCUCAUUCGAGCACUGGCAAGAGCAUCAACAACUGCACUUCCUCUCCGUGCAGAACCAAUUCAUUCACCCCCAGUUCCUGGACCGACCCAUGGACAUGCCCUUUAUGCUGUUUGAUCCCAGCAACCCUCUGCUGGCCAGCCAGCUCCUGUCUGGGGCCAUGCCACAGAUCCCCAGCAGCUCCGCCACCUCUCCGUCCACCCCCACCUCCACCAUGAACUCCCUCAAACGGAAGCUGGAGGAGAAGGCAGGCACCAGUCCAGGGGAGAAUGACAGCACCAACAGUGGGGAGGAGCCACAGAGAGACAAGCGCCUCAGGACCACUAUCACACCUGAGCAGCUGGAGAUCCUUUAUCAGAAGUACCUGUUGGACUCGAACCCCACACGCAAAAUGCUCGACCAUAUUGCCCAUGAGGUGGGGCUUAAAAAGAGGGUGGUCCAGGUUUGGUUCCAGAACACCCGGGCUCGAGAGAGAAAAGGGCAGUUCAGGGCUGUGGGACCCGCUCAAGCCCACCGCCGCUGUCCUUUUUGUCGGGCCCUUUUUAAAGCCAAAACUGCACUCGAGGCCCACAUACGCUCCCGCCAUUGGCACGAAGCGAAACGUGCCGGCUACAACUUAACCCUCUCUGGCAUGUUGCCUGAACAAGACGGGAUGCAAAUCAAGAUGGAUCCCCUGGAUAUCUCCAGCUAUGCCCAGCUUGCCCCCUCUAACAAUGAUGGACAGAGCUCCUCUCUCUCCCCAGUGAGCAAAAGCAUGGAUUUGUCUCCCAGGGCCCUAUUGAGCCCUUCAUCCAUCAAAGUUGAAGGGAUGGAGGAUUUCGAGAGUCCGACUAUGUCCUCCGUCAACCUCAGCUUUGACCCAAACAAACUUGAUAAUGACGACUGUUCCUCCGUGAACACGGCCAUCACUGACACCACCACCGGUGAUGAGGCCAAUGCAGACAACGACAGUGCUGAUGCAAAGCACGGCCACAACAGUGGCGACUACCUAUCUAAGUCUGGGGGUGCAGCCCCGUCCAUCGAAAACGACGACCAGAUGUCCUCAGGGCUGGUGAGUCCUGCAACAAGCUAUUAUGCUAAAGACUAUGAAAAUGAGAAUAUAGUGGACUACAGCGAGACCUCCAGUCUUGCUGACCCCUGCUCACCAAGCCCUGGAGCGUCAGGGAGCAGAAGCAUCGACAGUGGGGAUCGCCCUGGCCAAAAGCGCUUCCGAACCCAGAUGACCAACCUUCAGCUAAAGGUACUGAAGUCUUGCUUCAAUGACUACAGGACUCCGACCAUGCUGGAGUGUGAGGUACUUGGCAACGAUAUUGGACUUCCAAAGAGGGUGGUUCAGGUGUGGUUCCAGAACGCUCGCGCCAAGGAGAAGAAGGCCAAGCUCAGCAUGGCCAAGCACUUCGGGAUCAACCAGACCUCGUACGAGGGGCCCAAGACAGAGUGCCCUCUGUGCAGUGUCAAGUACAGCGCUCGUCUGUCUGUGCGAGAUCACAUCUUCUCCCAGCAACACAUCUCCAAGGUGAAGGACACCAUUGGGAGCCAGCUUGACAAGGAGAAAGAGUACUUUGACCCGGCAACUGUCCGCCAGCUUAUGGCCCAGCAGGAGAUGGACCGCAUCAAGAAAGCCAACGAGGUGCUUGGACUGGCGCAGCAGCAAGCCAUGCAGCAGCAGGGGAUGUUCGACAGCCCCGCUAUGCAGGCCCUGAACCUACAGUCAGCCUAUCCAAAUCUGCAAGGGAUCCCCCCUGUUCUUCUGCCAGGGGUCGGAAGCCCUUCCCUAUCUGGCUUCAACUCAUCCAACUCAGCUUUAACUCCUCCGAAACCUCCAAACCUCCUGAACAUGCCUGGUGCCAGUGUUCCUUCCCCCAGCCUCCCCACGUCUGGUCUACCCAACAAGCCUCCCUCCUCCUCCUCCCUGGCAUCUCCCAGCCCAGCACAGGCCAGCACAUCGGUCGCCCACUCCAACCCCACCUCCACAUCCUCCACCACCACAACCCAGUCAGGCUCUCGUCCUGAUCCCCCCAAAGAGCGUGAUACUGAGAGGUCAAGAGACAAGGAGAAGUCCAAGGAGAAAUCCGAGAAGCAACAAACGCCAUCCUCGACAGGAAGCACCCCGGCCCCCUCCACCUCUGCUGCCAGCGCCAAGAAAGAAAAACCAGAUGCAGCUGUUCCCGCCACCUCCAUGCCAACACCCGGCAUGGAGUACGUGGUGGACCCAGCGCAGCUCCAAGCCCUGCAGGCUGCCUUGGCAUCAGACCCCACAGCUCUCCUCACCAGUCAGUUCCUGCCCUAUUUUAUGCCUGGAUUUUCCCCUUAUUAUGCCCCUCAGAUGACUGGAGCUCUCCAAGGCGGCUACCUUCAGCCAAUGUAUGGCAUGGAAAGCCUCUUCCCCUACAACCCGACCUUGUCACAAGCGCUGAUGGGCCUGUCCCCGGGGUCUUUGCUUCAGCAUUACCAGCAAUAUCAGCAGAGCUUGCAGGAGGCGCUACAGCAGCAGCAGCGGCAGCUUCAGCAGAUCCAGCAACCAAAAGCGAGCCAAACUCCAGUCCCCCCUCAACCCUCGGGGGAUCGCAAAGAAUCUGCCAAAGAUCCAGUGAAAAAAGAGGAGCAGAAAGGCGUCCCCCAUGGUGAGACUUCUUCCUCGUCCUCCUCCUCCUCUCACAAUAACCUACACUCCGAGCAGAACGAGAUGGAUGGCAAAGUCACGGACCCACUUCGAGACCAAUACAUCGUCCCCAAGGUGCAGUACAGGCUGGCGUGUCGCAAGUGUCAGGCGGUCUUCAGCAAGGAAGAAGCAGCUGUCACCCACCUGAAGUCUAUCUGCUUUUUCGGUCAGUCUGUGGCAAACCUUCAAGAGAUGUUGCUGCGUGUCCCAUGUGGCGCGGGCGCAGGGGCGGGCAGUCUCUACGACUGCCUAGCCUGCGACACCACGCUGGAUGGGGAGAAAGCACUUAGUCAACACCUGGAGUCGGCCUUGCACAAACACAGAACAAUCAAGCGAUCAGCCAGAAAUGCCAAAGAGCACGCUACUAGUUUAUUACCUCACUCUUCAGCCUGCUUCCCCGAUCCUAACACCGCAUCUACCUCGCAGUCUGCCACUCAUCCCAUCAGCACCCCUCCUCCUCCGCCAACGACAUCAGCCACCAUGCCGUCCUCCUCUGUCUCUUCAUCCUUGUGCUCUUCCUCUGCUACCCCUCUCAACACCACAGCUGCUGGCAAACCCUGGCCCCAGGCCCCUUUCUCCAGAGCUUUAGCUGGGAAGCCCAAUGCCACCCCCUCCUCUACUUCCUCCUCUUUUCCUCCAGUAUCCUCACCCUCAACGGUUACCUCAAGUUCAUUGAGCACCUCAGGAGUUCAGACCUCGAUACCAACAGACGUCUUUACCGACGAGUCUGACUCUGACAGCAGUCAGAAGUCAGUAGACAGGCUGGGCAGGACGGCGGAGGAGCCUCAGCCGCCCGGCUGUCUCAAAGACAGUAGUAGUUGUAGUAGUAAUCUUGCUAGUGUAGGAACGGACUCCAUCAGAUUGUAAAAGAGCUUUCGUUGAUGGACAAUAUUUAAAAAAUGUAAAAGGCAAAAAAAAUACACAAAUGGGAAAAAAAUACAAAUAAAAAGCAGCGAUGUUAAAAUACGUUUAAAAGUAUACAAAACCAAUUUCAGAAAAAGAUGUGUAAAGACUAACUGCAAUUCCAAAGCUUGUAACCAAAAAUUUAAAUGUUAGUGGAUUGUUUUCCCAUAUCAACAUGCUGGUUUCGUUUAUUUCAACUGAAGUAUAUACAUAUAUAUGUAUAAGAAUAGAAAAGAUCACUGCAGUUAAGUUUUGGGUAAUGAAAGAGGAAUCCUGUAUAGCAAUGGACUGCCUCAAAGUUGAUAAAUGGCCCCUGAAACCUUUCGACAAAGUACAAGUCAACAAGCUGUCCCUUGUGUAAUUAUUUCUACUUAAUAGCACAGUCACACAAAGCCAGUAUGUACUGUAUGGGAGAAUAGUCUAUCCGUUUUCUUGCUAUCUAAGCAUUCAAAUACCAAUGGCUUGCAAAAGUAAAAGAAUAAUGUAAUGUCUAUUUUAUUCUCAGGUCAACAGCUCACAGAUGUUUUUCUGUUACAGAAGUCCAUUGUUUUACACCUUUUGUUUCUAACAGGAAAUGAACAUGUGUACUAGUUUUAUUUUCUUCUGAAAUUUUCAUUUUAAUGACAGAAAGUUGUAAAAUGAGUGAAAAUAUCAUUAAGGCAUAGCUUUCUGGGCAUUCAAAAGGGUAGCUGAUCUGCUAAUUUUAAACAUUUGGAAUUCUUUUAAAGGGGGGGAAUUAGCAAUCCCAUUUUUCCCUGACACGGAGAGCACUGCAGACAUGUUGAUGGGGGAUAAAAAAGAUUUUUGAUAAAAAAACUUUCUGUAUUUAUGAUAGAUAUGAACAUUUUUGGUGUUAAGUAGAUUGUUGCAUUGGAAAUGAAUUUAAACAGUAUGGUAGAUUGAAAAAUCUUUGUGUACAUUUAGCUUUUGUAUCGUCCAACUUUAAGGCGCUUCAUUUGAUGUUGUCUUGGUCAUUCCGAUAGACUAGAUUAUGGAGCAGUAACUUAUCUAAACUUUAUUUCUGUCUUAUUCUCGGCUUUGUUCACCCCACUGCCAAUAUGAUUAGGCAGGAUCCUCUCUUUCAAAAUGUUCUACUCUCUGUUUUGGUUGGUGUGGUACUGUAGCGUUCAGUGGGUGUGGAGCUCAAACCCAGGUCACCUGCACCAAAGGCUUUCCCAAAAAGGCUAUCCAAAUAGGGAUAUCCCUCUUUAAGGGGAGGGUGAAGGCCUUACAUUGGUCAAGAUUGCCACAGUACUAACCGAGAAGAAAAAUGAUCCUGGGUGAAAUGUUGGAAACUGUUUUUAUUUGUUACCUUUGUGCACUUACCACUGUCUGACUCCUAAUUACUCACUCUACUUGUUCCUCUCUAUUCUCACGUUGUUCUUUUCUCCUGCGUAUGUAGAUAUGGAGAAGGUUACUACUCCCUGUGCACUACAAAGCAGGUGUUUUGUUCCUCAUGUAGUGUGGCUACAGUCGUUUUUCAGCUUUAUGUUCAUUUCGAUUUUACGUUGAUUGUUGUCAUAGAUGAAAAUGAAAAAAGAAUAAUAAUAAUAAUUCUCACGCUUUAAGACAAAAAGAAAAUCCAAAGACUAAACACUUUCACCAUUGGUGCAUAAAGAUAAGAAAAGAGGCUUCUUUAUACUUGAGAAUUUGUUGCUGUUUUUAGAGGAAAGUAAACAAAGUUUUAAAAUAAAGGAGUGCGCAUCAGAGUUGCCGUUUUUGCUUCUGUGCAAGCAGACAGGUGGCUUUUUUACGUAUAAUACCAAGAAUACCAAAAACCAAAAAAGGGCCCAUGUCCUUGCAUUGUGGAGUAGCACCGUAACAGAGCCAUUGCAGUUUGUAAGAUAGAGGUUAUAAGUCUUUGUUAAACUUUUUUCUGUCACACUCAAAAGUCAAUUUUUUUAAGAAAAUGUAUAAGGUCUGGUCUUCGAGGACAUACGUUUUGCUGCUAAUGUAGAAUUUUCAAAAAAAAGAAAAAAAGAAUACCUACAGUAGAUGCAUGCUCAUUUUGCUUUUUGGCUAAGCUUUAACUAAAACAAACAAUAAACCAUUUUCCUGCCUCUGCGACAUCUUUUUUUUUUUUUUCUUGUUGCAAAAACGGAACUUUGAAGACUGUGAAUAUAUGUUCCAAAGGACAUUUUGCCGAUUUUGUUUUUGAACAGACCAAUGUUUAAAGCCAAUGAUCUAUAACGUUUGUAAAGAACAGUGCAUUCCAAAUAUCACAACUGAGUUUUUUUUUUUUUUUUUCUUAAGCAAGGACUGAUUCUAUUUAAUUUGUAUUGAUCAUUUAUCAUUAUCUUUGUUUCCGGUUUCUUAGGUGACUGUAAGCUGUUGUGUAAAUUUAGUAUCAUGAGUUGCUUAACAAAAUGGCUUAGAUUUGUCGUUUUGGGCUGGCAUGGAAAGUUGACAAGAAUCCCUCCAUCCAGUUAAGGGUGUUGCUCACUUGUUCAGCAAGUAAUAGUGGUUACCAAAAAUGUAUAUAAUACAUCUGGUACUGACACGUCUCAUAGGUUUAGUGUCAUCAUGCCUCUCAACUUAUAACAAGUCUCAGAAGGAAAUAAUGGCUGUUUUGCUGAGUCUAGAGUGGCUGCCUCCCCUUCCUGGGAAGUCCAACAGUGACCUGCCCCAGAUCUCUGCAGGAUGUUCAGCCAUGUUCAUGCACGAUGUUGAUUACAGGUUUCUAAGGGACAUCUUCAUUCCAAAGCAUUAUAAGUCUGGAAAAAGCAGGAGGUUUUUUGAAGAUGUCCCUUGCUUUCGGAUAGUUAAGAGGUAUGUCAUGCCUUCAUGUCCAAAGAGGUCACUCGCUCCAACUUAUUGCAAUGGAAAUGGAUGUGCUUACGUAUCCCCCCUCCCCCUCUCACAGAAGAAAACCCAAAUUUCAUUUCCUUAUACCAAAACCAAGACCUAUUUAAAUUUGUGAAUAACUGCUUUUUUGGCCCUUAGUGUAUAGCAAGUGUAUUUGCCCUAAUAGACACGAAUGCCGCCAUCUCGGAAGUGUGUUUAAAGUGUUACGUCUUGCAGAGCAAUGUGAUUUGGUGUUAAUACUUCCGCAUGCUGUUGAAAUUCGGUUCAUUUGGUCUGCAAGUUUGCCACUCCUCUAAAGUCCUGUUAUCUACAAUAUUGUUCAUAUAAUUAUUUUUUGAGAACUCUAAUGUUGUACAGUUUAUUCUUGAAUGCAUUUGCUUUAUUUUGGUUUUCAGAUAAUGUCAGACAUUUAUUAUUAUUUUCAUAUAAGUGUAUGUUAUUUUAGUUCCUGUAUAUUACUUUUACUCAUAUAAAUUAAUGUUAACACUAGCUUUAAUUUGAAUCGCUGAAAAAUCUUUAUUCUAUGACCUGGCCACUUUAUGGUGUAAUAAUGUUCUUAUAUUUGUUUGUCUUUUUGACACUGUUUGAUCUCUUAUUUCCAAAGUGUAAUCAUUUUUUGGCUCUUUUGUGGAAGACAAAGUCAGUUCUUCACAACAGAUUCAGCCAGCAUGGACUGUGUGUGGGAGUUUGUAUGUUUCUGUGUGCGUGCAUUUUCAUAAGAGCCAGCUUCAGUUUGAGUUUUUAUACAUUUUAUUUUAUACUGUAACUUUAUUUACACACCAAAACAUACUGAACCGCAAAGCUGGAUAAUGAAUAAAGUGGUGAAGAAAUUUUAAAUUUUAAAGGUAACAAUAAUCAACAUGAGGACGAUGAUACCGAAGCACUGAGCAGUUUUUAUUUGAUUGAUUAUAUGAAUGUGGCCAAAGCUUUAUGCAGUUGAAAACAAAAAGGAAAAUUACAAUUUGUGCCCCUGAUAAGUGUAUAUUUUAUUGUGGCACGAUACAGCAGACACAUGAGAUCCUUUGACUCGCAUUGGGAUACUUGAUUUUGAUGGACAUUUACAAAGAAAGAAAAAGACAAGGUUUUGCUGUAGAGGUCAUCUUUUGCCCACUGUGAAAAUUAACAUGUAUACAGAUAUAGAUAUAUUUAAACAAGACAUCAACUUUUUUUCUUUGAAAUGAUAAAGAAGGAAUGGAAAGAAGAAAUGAACUCUGGGAAACUUUGGAGAUCUUGUUGAGAGGACAGGGGAGGCUGUGGGCUCACCAAAACUGGGCUUGGAAGCCAAAGACAGGCUCACAACUGCUUUAAUAUCACCUCCUUGUCUGACUAGUGACAACUCUGUGGUGGGGAUGGACUCUGGAACCACUGGACACGAGUGACACAGAGAGGAAAAACCUUAGAUGAAGCUGAACUUAAGUGGCUCCAGUUGCCCUCCUUCCCUCUGUCUCUGUCUCUCUCUCUCUCUCUCUCUUUCUCCAGCUCUGCCUCUGCUUCUGCUCUUUGAUGGACAUUUUCGGCACUUCUGGACGGGAUGGACAGAGUUGCUUGCUUCAUUUCUCCCGGUUCACGUUGUUGCUACCUGUUUCAUUUCCUCCUACUUGUCCAGCGGACUGACAAGUAAAAGCUCUCUAGUGUGAUGGCGGAUCGCCCCUCUCUCUCUCUGUUCAUCCAACCAUCGGAAGAGAGAACUGAAUCAGAGAGAAGGGGGGAGGGUUCUCUAGACUGUCAUUCCUUAAGAGGCAGUUACACACAAAAAAAAGCGAAUCAACCAAAAUUAACAACCAAACUAACAAACAACCAAACAAACCAUUUGCUCCAACUUCAAAGAUGAACUGUUACUUGGAGCUCUCUCUGUUCCUUUUGUGACUCCUGGUGCCACAAUUUUUUUUUAAAUGCAUUUUGUUUUCCUUUUUUGUUUCCUUGACUUAUUCCUCCUCCGAGCCUCACAAGCAUGGCUCAGUGGCUCCAGGCAGCCCACCCGAGGGUAGAAAAAACAGCCUUGCAAUGUACAAAAAAGAGCAAGUUAAACCAAAAAUGUUGUUCUUGAUGUCUUUUCUAUACUGUAGUCUUGUUAGCUUUUUUGUUACUGUAAUUAUAUGAUGAAGAUUUCCAAACUGUACCAAAUUACAUGGAAACUAACAUACAUAAACCACAUGGAACUUCAGACUUUUAAAGAAACUUUUGUCACAAAAACCUUGUUGUCCUAGUUAAGUUGAUUGUAGAUGGUAAUUGAAUAUACUCCUUUGAAAAUAUUUCAUCAAGUAUGUUUCUUGCUCAUUGUGAUACAUUAAAAAAGUAUGAGCAUAAAAUGCA